GAGUCGUCCCCCUCCUGCGCAUAACUCUUCUCCUGCCUCCCCGACUUUGACGUUUCUCCUUCUUCUCCGACCGGCAACUCCCCUCACUCCUCCGCCACUGCUUCCGUCAUCUUCCGCCGCCUCCGAACAGCAUGUCUGAAGAGGGAAGAGUGCAUCCUGACUGUCGAAAUGCAUCAAAUCCUUAUCACGAAUGCAGCGAGUACUGCUUCAUGAUAAUCGCCGAAACAAAGAAACGGAUUAAGAAAACAGAAACAGGGGUAACACAACCCGAUGAUUGUAGUGAUGCUCAAGCCCUUUUAGCCGAUGACUCUGAUCGGUCUCAGAAUGAUCAAUAUGAAAAGGAAGACACUGGAAGUCUCAUCAAAGAUCUUUCUAAUCUUACAGGGAGAGAGAAAAAGCUGCAUGAAUUGAGGUUAAAGAUGAAUGAUGCAAAAAUAGCAAAUCAAUCUGCUUUGGUGGAGGAGAUUAGAAAAACAGAAGCCCCAGAAGAAUCUAGAGGCAUGUCCAAGAAAAAAUGGCUUGAGGAGAGGAAGAAGAAACUUGGGAAGUUGCUCGACGCAAAUGGUCUUGUUAUGAGUAAGGCAUACAUGCUAGAUACACAAGAGUCUGCUGAGGCGAAGUAUAAGAAGUGGGAAAAGGAACCUGCCCCAGCUGGUUGGGAUGUUUUUAAUCAGAAAACGCUUUAUAAUGCACACAAGAAAAGAACAAAGAACAUCGAGGUUGACUUUGAAGAGUACAAUAAAAUGAAAGAGGUUGAUCCAGAGUUUUAUAGAGAAGCUUCAAGUCUUCAAUAUGGAAAGGCACCAAAAGUCUCUGAUGAUAGGAUUGAGAGAAUGGUGAAAGAACUCAAGGACAAAGAGGAGAAGCGGAAAUCAUUCAGUAGGAGGAGAAGGUAUCGUGAAGAGAAAGAUAUCGACUCUAUCAAUGAUCGUAACGAGCAUUUUAAUAAAAAGAUCGAGCGAGCUUUUGGAAAAUAUACCCUGGAGAUCAAGAACAACUUGGAGAGAGGGACUGCUUUGCCUGACUGAGGUUGCAGUUGUUAUGAACUUAUCAUUACCUUAAGCGAGAGAACUAUGCAGCAAUUCCUCCUACACUGAAAUCUGGUCUAACAUUCUUAAUCUGUUAUUGAUGUAUAAGUUCUGGUUUGAUAAUAUGCACGUGUAUGCUAACUUGGAAAGGCUUGUUAGAAUGGGAGAAGUUGUGGCAUCAAUGUUUGAAGCUUCCCUCCACCUGAGUUCAAACUCUGGUACUCUGUACAAUUUCCCCUAUCACCCAUUUUUAUUUACCUAUGUUUAUUAAUUUAUCAGUGCACUUGGUUUCAACCACUCAAAAUUUGUUUCUCGC